AUCAGCACCAUGGAGACCCAGGUGUCCAACGGCCCCACCAGUAACAGCGGCCUCCCCAACGGGCCGCCCCUGAGCGCCAACGGGGCGGCCGACGACAGCAAAACCAACCUCAUCGUCAACUACCUGCCCCAGAACAUGACGCAGGAGGAAUUCAAGAGCCUCUUCGGCAGCAUCGGGGAGAUCGAGUCCUGCAAGCUGGUCCGGGACAAGAUCACAGGGCAGAGUUUAGGUUACGGGUUCGUGAAUUACGUGGACCCGAAUGACGCGGACAAAGCGAUUAACACCCUGAACGGGCUGAAACUGCAGAUGAAAACCAUCAAGGUCCCCUACGCCCGGCCCAGCUCGGCCUCCAUCCGCGACGCCAACCUGUACGUGAGCGGCCUGCCCAAGAGCAUGAGCCAGAAGGAGAUGGAGCAGCUCUUCUCGCAGUACGGCCGCAUCAUCACCUCCCGCAUCCUGGUGGACCAGGUCACAGGCGUCUCCAGAGGGGUGGGCUUCAUCCGCUUUGACAAGAGGAUAGAGGCGGAGGAGGCCAUCAAGGGGCUGAACGGGCAGAAGCCGCUGGGCGCCAGCGAGCCCAUCACCGUCAAGUUCGCCAACAACCCCAGCCAGAAGACGGGCCAGGCGCUGCUCAGCCACCUGUACCAGACCACGGCGCGGCGCUACACGGGGCCGCUGCACCACCAGACCCAGCGCUUCAGGCUGGACAAUUUGCUAAACAUGGCCUACGGCGUUAAGAGUCCUCUGUCCUUAAUCUCCAGGUUCUCGCCCAUCACCAUCGACAGCAUGACCAGCCUGGCGGGCGUCAACCUGACGGGCGCCUCCAGCGGCGGCUGGUGCAUCUUCGUCUACAACCUGUCGCCGGAGGCGGACGAAAGCGUCCUGUGGCAGCUCUUCGGGCCCUUCGGCGCCGUCACCAACGUCAAGGUGAUCCGCGACUUCGCCACCAACAAGUGCAAGGGCUUCGGCUUCGUCACCAUGACCAACUACGAGGAGGCGGCCAUGGCCAUCGCCAGCCUCAACGGGUACCGGCUGGGCGACCGCAUCCUGCAGGUCUCCUUCAAGACCAGCAAGCAGCACAAGGCCUGA